AAGAGCCCGGGAUGGCAAGCCAGUCGCCUGCCCUGCCUGUCACCACCACCCGCCUCUCCAAGAAAAAGCGCCGCGCACCGCCUCUCGCUUUUGCGCCAUUUGUCCAUUAUCCUCUCUCUUCCCCCGCUAGUCCCCGCCGACCAAAAUCUUUUGCUGGGUUGCUUCGGCCUGAGGGUUCUUCUGUCGUCCGUUCCGUGUGGUCGAAGCAUCGGUUCCCUUCCUUCCACCAGUAGCACCGUGUUCUCGGUUCGUUUGGUACUUUGGUUCUACAGCAAAGGGAAAGAAGGGGAACAAAAAAAGCUUGGACGUUUCCGGGGCUUCAUUUUCCAAGAUUCGUUGGUUCCUGGCUCUCCAAUUCGCGGUUCUCGCUGGAAUCUGGGAGGACAACUCUGUUCCUCGCUUCCGUUUCUUGUGCUUGCAGAUUUUGCUAGGAGAGGGAGAGUUUUUCGAGUUCUUGGUCCAAGGAAACGGGCGAGAAUAAAUAGCAAAAAGGUGCGCGAUUUGAGGGGAGGCAGCCGGCGGCCGGCCAUGGGGAAGCCGACGACGGCCAAGAAGCCGCCGCCGGAGGGCGGCGGCGAUGAGGAGGUGUUCCUGGAGCUGUCCCGGGAGCUCAAGGAGGAAGGCACCAGGCUGUUCAACCGGAAGGACUACGAGGGCGCCGCCUUCAAGUACGACAAGGCGGCCCAGCUCGUCCCCGGCGGCCACGUCGAGGCGGCGCACCUCCGGACCAGCGUCGCGCAGUGCUACAUGCGGAUGGUCCCCGCCGAGUACCACCGCGCCAUCCACGAGUGCAACCUGGCCCUGGAGGUGGCGCCCAGGUACAGCAGGGCGCUGCUGCGGCGGGCCGGCUGCUUCCAGGCGCUCGACAGGCCGGACCUGGCGUGGGGCGACGUGGAGAAGGUGCUGGGCUGGGAGCCAGGCAACCGCGCCGCGCGGGAGAUUUCCGAGAGCGUGAAGGCGGCAUUGAAGGAGAAGGGUGUUGUUGUUUUGGACAGGGAGGUCGAGCCGGUGAAAGAAGAGGCCAAUGGCGAGUGUAAGAGGAAGAUAUCUCAUAAUUACAGUGAUUCUGUUGUGAAUGGGCACAAGGUGAACCGUGCCGCAGAUAAUAUGGAAAUUAACAAUGGCCAGGAGAUGGAGGAAGAGUGCGCCGAGGGGACUCUAGUCGAUCAUGUCAAAUACGAGCAAGCAACGCAGACUAUGGAGAAGAAACUGAGGAAUGAGCAUAACAAGCAGGAAAACCAUCUGGAAGAUAAUCAAGUGAAGCAGUGCAAACAAGGAAAGCAUGCUGAGCACAAGGUAGCAAAUGGGAACGGAAAUCAUCAAAAGCAUAUGGGAGAUAAGGAAACCAAUGGUUUUGAGAAGGAACAGAAGGUUGCCGGCGGCAAGCGAGGGAAACGCAUUGCAGGAAAGAAAAUUCGGCAUGGUGAGGGUAAGGAACAAAAGCAUUCUGAUGUGAAGCCAGUGGAUCAUUGUCAGGAAAAUCAUCAUAAGCACAGCACGGAGAGCAAUAUCAGCGUCAAAGCAGAAGUGAUGAGGGAUCUAAAGUUGGUCUUUGGAGAGGAUAUUAGGUGUGCUCAAAUGCCAGUCAACGGCAGCCUAUCUCAAUUGAGAGAGAUAGUUCAGAACAAGUUCCCAUCUUUGAAGGCAUUACUUGUUAAGUACAGGGACAAGGAAGAUGACUUGGUGACAAUCACCUCAUCUGAAGAGCUAAGAUUGGCCAACAAACUGGCAGAUCCAGAAGUGCCCAUUCGAUUAUAUGUUGCGGAGGUUGAUCCUAUACAAGAACUAGGUGUGGAUGUUGUCAGCAGACAACAUUCGUUUGCCACAUUACAGAAAAAUCAUAAUAGCUUGUCUGAGAAUGGGAGCGCAAGGCGUGAUAAUGAACAGAACUGCCAUGUUGAUGAUUGGAUAUUACAGUUUGCUCGGCUGUUCAAAACGCACGUCGGUUUUGAUUCUGAUGCAUAUUUGGAUCUCCAUGACCUCGGCAUGAGACUAUAUUGUGAGGCUAUGGAAGACACCAUUGCAAGUGAAGAAGCACAGGAAAUAUUUCAAGUUGCAGAGCAAAAAUUUCAGGAAAUGGCUGCUUUGGCCCUGUUCAAUUGGGGUAACAUCAACAUGUCUCGUGCAAGAAAAAGGCCACUCCUGUCUGAAGAUGGUUCAUUUGAAUUGAUACUUGAACAGAUUAAGGCUGCAUAUGAAUGGGCUUGUUCAGAAUAUGCUAAAGCUGGUUCAAAGUAUGAGGAAGCUGUGAAAACAAAACCAGACUUUUUUGAAGGUCUUAUUGCACUUGGCCAGCAGCAGUUUGAGCAGGCCAAGCUCUCAUGGUAUUAUGCUAUUGCAUGUAAGAUAGACAUGGGAACAGAGGUUUUGGGUUUGUUCAACCAUGCAGAGGAUAAUAUGGAAAAAGGAAUGGAGUUGUGGGAAGGAAUGGAAAAUAUGCGCUUGAGGGGGCUGUCUAAACCAAACAAAGAGAAUUCCAUGCUGGAGAAGAUGGGCCUAGAAGGGUAUACGAAGGAUUUGUCUGCAGAUGAAGCAUUCGAACAAGCUUCAAGUAUUCGAUCACAUAUAAAUAUUUUGUGGGGUACCAUUCUUUAUGAACGCUCUGUAGUGGAGUUCAGCUUGGGACUGCCUAGCUGGGAAGAGUCGCUGACAGUGGCGAUGGAGAAAUUUAAGACAGGAGGAGCUUCUUUAGCAGACAUCAAUGUGAUGGUAAAGAACCAUUGUGCUAAUGAAACUACCCAAGAAGGAUUGAGUUUUAAGGUUGAGGAAAUAGUUCAAGCAUGGAAUGAAAUGUACGAUGCUAAAAAGUGGAGAACUGGAGCUCCAUCAUUUCGCCUUGAACCAAUAUUUAGACGUAGAGCUCCAAAGUUGCAUCAUAUACUGGAACACAUACACUACACAUGACUCUAUAACCGCUCAAGUAUAGACCUUAAAGUCAUGGAGAAGAAUGACUUGUAAUCUGAUUUUAUCAGAUUGUUGUCUUUGGAGCUGUACUUCACUUACUAAUUCCAAAAAGGAAAAAGGAAAAAAGAGUAUAUUCUCUUCAGUCUCAAGCUAGAGAUUAGCUAACAGUAGUGCAGUAUUGGUUUUCUGAUGGAAAAAAGGGAAAGAAAAAAGAGAGUAGAAGAUUGACAAUGUAACUUGCUUGCAUUUGCUAUGGAGCUCUGUGCGCAGUUGUCUACUUGUUGCUAUAAUAUUUCCUUCCGACAGGAGAUGUUGUUCAUAUUGUUGCGCUUCCUUCUAUUUCAUUCAAGGAAGUGCUCCAAGGUACUCUUAGAUCAAGAUAGGAAAAUUACACAUUCUUAGAUCACUCAAGGUGUGCUUUACUCCUAGAUCACACAUUAAGAAUGUUCAAUACAGUUUUUUGGUAACUUGUAGCAAAACAUGGUAGAACAGAGUGUUUGUAGUCCACAAUUGUAUCAAACAGAUGUACUUUGUAUUGAUAAGCUGCUGUCGUCAGACAGACAUUACGCCAUCGUUACCUGAUUGUUGGUUUACUUGGUUGUCAAA